CCUGUGUGAAGUUGAGAGCUCCCUGGUGUCUGCCCUUCGCACUGACUCUACCACGAUGGCCCUCAACGGACUCCUUGCCGCGGUGAUGGCGCUGCUGCUGGUGGGCGUCACCCACUCACACGAGUACCUGGACGAGGAUGAGGAGGAUGGCCGCCUCCUCGUGAUCUCCACCACGGGCGACAAUGCCUUCCCCUCCUUCCCCACCAUCUCUAUAGGUGCCCUCACCGACGCCAACGUCACGCUGGGUCUGGGGGCCGCCCUCCUCGCCGGCCUCACCAUCGCUGGCCUCACUGCCGCCACCAUUACCCUCGCUAUCCUCCUCGGGAUCGAAGUGAAGAAGGACAAGAAAUACGACGAUUAUGACUACGGGUUCUCCGGCAGUUCCUCGUGAGUUAUGGGUUGUCCAUCCGGUCUGAACGACGACCCUCUUCCUGCAUCCUCCCAUAAAUUUCCUCCCUCUCACUCGUACUCUUCCACUCCCUGGUCGUCUGUGCAUGAUGUAAGCAGAUGCGGAGGAGAAUUGUGUCUGCUAACUGUACUGUUGCUUGGUGAGCGAACACACUAUGCAGCUGUUACCGCCACUGUUGCUUUUCUCUCCACCUUUCCCUCAUGCCUGUAAAGUAAUGCUCCCUUUCCCUCCAUAAUCUGUUGUGGACAGGAUAUGCACGCUCUCAUCCUGAACUCUGUUUGAUGCGUCUCGACAAGCUGAAUAGACCACACGCAAUACAGGGUGUGAUAUAUUUCCCUGGCUCACACUCAUCACGUCACUAACAUACUAAUUCAUACAGCACGUAGUACAGAGUAAGGCUCAUUUUUCAUGGCUCACACUCAUCACGCCACUAAUAUGCUAACUCAUGUAACUUACAAACACUGAAAACUGACAUUGCAUGAUGAUUAGGUUCAACACAUUUACGUUGUAUAUUUUGUACAUAGACUUAGAAAAUGUGUGUAUAUAUUAGUGUAUAUAGAACUGUACAUACAGGCAAGGAGGGUCCUGGUGGCGGCCUCUUGCGGCACAGACACGCGGCCGCCCCGAGCAUUGCUAUCCUGUAAUGGGAAGCACCGCCUUGAGCGUUGUUAUGCCACUGAGCCUCCCACACCCUCCCAUACUUCAAGGGCGCCUGUGCCGGGGCUCUCCAGACGGCCUCUCGUGCCAACACGCCUCCCCACGCGCCAGUGGUUAUCACAGGCAUGUUCCUUUCCUUUUGUAAAUAUUGUUCCUAACUUGCUUUCUUCGGCCGCCCCCUGCAGAUCCUACUCCAGCGGCCCGUCCUCCUACGACGUGAGCUCCUACUCCAUCAAGAGGUCCUUGGAGGAAGCCGCCAAGAAGUAUCUGUAAACAAGGCAACCCAGCGUCGCCUCUUGACUGAUCUUCUUCCUCCUCCUCUUCUUUCCUCUCUUCUCCCUCUCCUCCUCGCAUUGUAAGGUGGCGCUGAGUCACUCUAUGGCUCGUGCAAUCCUAUUCAGUCUCCAUACCAAUUCCUUCUCUCCUCUCCUCCGCCUGUCUCAGCUGCCCCUACACGCCUCCCCCUCCCUUUGGUGGCCCCUCCCCGUCUCUCUCUCUCUCUCUCUCUCUCUCUCUCUCUCUCACUGCCCUGGAGAGUGACAAUGACAAAUAAGAAAAGACACAGGCGACGACCUGACCUUAAAACGCUGCGCCACCGACGACCCGAGACUCACAGCUUCACUUGCGACCUAGCCACGCACGACCCUCGCCCAGCCCUCGUGACUCGCCCUUUCUAUUGACUCCUUCCUCGGGUUGGGUUUUGCGCACAUACCGACUCUAGUCACAGUUGUGUUUUCUCACGGUGCGUUUCCGGACCUCGUGAGACACCAAAGACGUAAUUUAUAAAAUAAGCCCCUCGUGGUAGACGCUAUGUCUAUGUAUAUGUCUAUGAAGACAUAGACAUAGGUAUUAAUUUUUUACAUUUGCGACUGCUAUCCAUGACUUAGUGAUACGAAACACCCUCAUUUUUAACCUUAGCACCA